CUCUGUUCCUCUGUAGUUCUACUGUAACACCACCCAGCCUGUCUUGUGCCAAUAUCGUAUCUUCAAAUCUUCAAUCGAGCCUGGUCUCAUUUCACAUUUGCAUCUUGACUAGUUGCUGUACCUUUUCUCUAUUCUUCUUUGUAACAUCAUAACCCCCCACAAUCAUGCCUGUCCUCUCUGAUAUACCCGUCGAAGUCCUCAUCGACAACGUACUCCCCUUUUUCUCAAUCUCCGAUAUUGUCCAUUUGGGUUCUACAAACCGAUUCUUUGCUUCUCUGUGCAAUGACGACACUUUCUGGAAGCGUAGAUUGCAAGCAGACUUCAACUUUUCUGACGAAAAGACUGCUCGUACAACUGGAUGGAAAUUGAUAUACAAAGGCUUAAGCAACCCUAGGGUCUUUGUAUGGGGUGAGUCCUCCAAAGGAAGACUCGGUAUCACGCAGUUUCCUAGGUCCGUAGUCAAGGACGUCCCAUUCCCUACGGAGUUGCGCUUUUCUCCUGGUGUUCGUAUAGUGAGCUUAUCAGCAGGUGGAAUGUCUUUCCAUGCACUGGAUUCUCGAGGCAACGUACACGUUUGGGGCACUUUGGAUGGGACCUCAGUUGCGUUGCAGCAAGAUGGGUUUUCAGUCCCCGCUAAAUCAACGCCUACGCCUUUGAAACUGGCUAUGCCUGCCGCCACUCACAGCAUCAGCUGCGGAAGGCUGCACGCCACGACCCUAGAUGAUAAUUCUUACAUCUGGACAUUCCUAAGCUGGGGUCGCCCUUUCCGACUCGUUACGGCGCUUUUGGACAAUACUUCAGUUGAUUCGACACCCCUGCAAAUCGAAUCGGGCUGGCAAUUUUCGUCGGUGCUCACCAAGUCUGGCGAUGUUCUAGUUUGGUGGCCUUUUGGCACUGAAACUGGAAGGCUUAUUGCAGAACGGAAUACAGCGAUGGAUGAAGCAAGAGACCUGUCAAACAGGGCGCAUCCUACUGCGGAUGGCGUUAUCCAUUGCACGACUUGGGAGCUGCACAAAGAUCCUCUCAGAUUGCCUUCUCUGCCUAGAUUGCCGCAGCUCGAUGAUGUGACUAGGUCAGCCGUAUCGGGAGAGGACACAAAGCUGGUCAAAAUAGCUGCUAUGGACCACUGUCUUAUUGGGUUGACUAAUCACGGUCAUGUACUCAAGUUUAACGUUGGGGAUGAAACAAAUGAGAUACGUGGUGAAUGGGUAUACCUUCCAAACUUCAGUGAGGUAGGAAGGAUUCAACAACAUCCAACCUUCUCCCCCGAAGAUGGCACUCGGCUAGAUAUACCUCAAACAACUAGGAUAACUCACAUAUCCGCUCAGUAUAAAACUUUCAUCGCCUAUUCGACAGGCUCGAGUUCUAUUGUGCUCAUGGGAUCCAACGAAACCAACUAUGAGUCUCAGCCACUGAUCACCUCCUCCUUGCAGAACCGAAAUGUUAUAUCUGUUGUUCUUGGAGAUUACCACUUCGGUGCACUGACUUCUUCGGGGAAUUUCCUCACUUGGGGUGCCUAUUCCCGCGGCGCUCUUGGAUUGGGAGAUCCUGCCCAUAUCACUCCCGGUGAGCCGGGAGGAUACAGGACCGAAGAAAGGCGUGCGAUAGCUCAAACUCAUGGAGGACCGUUUCCUCCCGAUGUCAGAGAACCCACCGAAGUCAGAUUUGACCAUGGUGAGAAACAGAGAAAAGAACGAUACUGUUUUGCUGCUACGUGUGCAGGAUGGCAUUCGGGAGCCCUUGUCAUAGACUUGGAGGUGUGGGACUUGACUUCUCAGCUGCUAAUUAAAGUCCCGCUGAUCAAAAUGUUUAUGAAUGGGAAUUAGCCGGAAGUAGACGCAGAAGAUAACGACGAAGACGAAGACCCUACUCGGAGAAUGCCUGGACAAUUUCCGUCUGAUAGAACACCCCCUUUUUCUCAAGGAUCCUCUGGGUCACCGAAUGAUUAUCCACAGCAACCUGGAAAUUUCCCUGUAUUCCCUGGUAAUAUCGGUGGGGGUAUUGGUCGCGUUUUUCGCAUUGGAUACGCUGGACGUGGGAUAGGUCGUGGUCUUCGCAGAGGACGCGGUGGUUGAGUUGAACUGAUUGAGAGUUGAAGUGUGGGAAUGUAUGAGAAAGUUAUUGUAAGGCGUUAUAGUAUCAUGGCAAUGCGACGAGAGAACUACUUUUACACAGUGCUUGGUCAUCUUUCGAACAAGUCACGCACACACUUUGCGGAUAAAUCAGGCGAAUCUGAAUCAGCAUGCUUCAAAUUCUCAAAAUCAUACUACAUUUUCUGUUCGCUUACUCAGUGGAUUACUUGAGGAAGUAUCAAUGUCGAUGUUAUCAACCACCUACUUCUUUUGUUGUCGGUUCUUGAGCGAACUUUUACUUCAUGAAUAAGCAGGAGAAGAUUUUAAGACAAACAUAGAUUGGCCCAGUGACCCUAGUCGCCAUAUCGUGGACAAAUGGACACCACACCGAAUAAACUAUAAAAGGCGCACCUCAGCGCAAGCUAUCCUUCAAUCCCUUCCCACUGUCAUAUCAUGUCCAAACCAAUCAUUUUCUACGACAUUCCCAGCAAAUUGCCCGGCAAUGCAUGGUCCCCCAACACCUGGAAGACGAGAUAUGCUUUGAAUAUCAAGGGCGUUCCGUACACGACUGUCUGGGUCGAGUACCCCGAUAUCGAAGCCCUCGCUA